CUCGAUGAGCUUUCAGAAGCUCAGAGUUGAAGUUGCUUUCGUCACAUGAGAAACUCAGAGCGACAGACCGGCGGCUGAAGCUCAAUGAAGCUGGAAUCAUGAAUAACGGAGCGGAUUUGUGAAUGAACCCUCAGAGUGGAAACAUCUCUCCAGCUGCUGCGCGAACGGACGCAGCUCGAACAAAUGAACCUGGUGACUUGAGAAGCUUCCGAUUCGUAGUUUUGUUUUAUUUUCUCCAGUUCAAUGGGAAGUAAAUGAGAUAGAUGCCUACUGGAAACCUUUUUUUCUGUGCGUUUCUUGUUCUUAAAUGAAGAUAGGCUACAUUGAGCGUCAAUGCGCAGAUUUGUAAAUAUAGUCUAUUUUAUGUAUUCUCUUAUACGGGUCAACCUACACGGGUAGACAACAGGACUAAUCAAAGUUAAGACUCUACUACUCUCGCAGAAAUGUCCUACUAUGCCCUGUGUGGAGACUUGGGCUCGUAAGGGACACGUCGCUCCGGUGCCAUUGCGCUCAGAGAUGCGCACAGCUCCCCGGUGCGCCUAGUCUGACAGCCGUGCGUUAUGCUGAAUGAACCGACCUUCCGCGACCACCACCCGAUGCGACUCGUCGACCCGAGGCACCUUCCGCAACUGAUGUCCCUGGAGGACCAUGAACCCACCAUGGUGGAGGGAACCUUGGUGCCCCGCAACUCCACGCCGGCAGGGGAGGAAGGGGCCCCGGGUCAGCACCACCAGUCCUUCCCCUGGGCGGUGACCCUGCUGGCCGGCGUCCUGAUCACGACCAUCGUGGUGGAUGUUAUCGGGAACAUGCUGGUCAUCGUGUCCGUGUUCAGGAACAGGAAACUCAGGAAAGCAGGAAACGCCUUUGUGGUGAGCCUGGCCCUCGCUGACCUGGUGGUGGCCAUCUAUCCCUACCCGCUAGUCCUGACCGCCAUCUUCCACGACGGCUGGAUCGCCGGCUACAUCCACUGUCAGAUCAGCGGCUUCCUCAUGGGCCUCAGCGUCAUCGGCUCCAUCUUCAACAUCACGGGCAUCGCCAUCAACCGCUACUGCUACAUCUGCCACAGCCUCAAGUACGACAAACUCUUCUCCAACAGCAACACCAUGUGCUACGUCGUGCUCGUCUGGGCGCUCACCAUCCUCGCCAUCGUGCCCAACUGGUUUGUGGAGUCGCUGCAGUACGACCCGAGGGUUUACUCCUGCACCUUCGCCCAGUCGGUCAGCUCGCUGUACACCAUCACGGUGGUCGUGGUGCACUUUAUCCUGCCGAUCGGCAUCGUCACCUACUGCUACCUGCGCAUCUGGAUCCUCGUCAUCCAGGUGAGGCGGAGGGUCAAGCCGGACUCGCGGCCGAAGAUCAAACCGCACGACCUCCGCAACUUCCUCACCAUGUUUGUGGUGUUUGUGCUCUUCGCCGUCUGCUGGGCGCCGCUCAACCUGAUCGGCCUGGCGGUGGCGCUGGACUCCAGGCUGAGCCGGGCCAUACCGGAGUGGCUUUUCACGGCCAGUUAUUUCAUGGCGUACUUCAACAGCUGCCUCAACGCCGUUGUCUACGGCGUCCUGAACCACAACUUCAGGAAGGAAUACAAGAGGAUCGUCCUGAUCAUCUUCAAGUUCCACUGCUGAGAAAAGACGCUGAGGGAAGGGUGGAGGUCGGGGGUUAUUUUUACUUUUAUGUGACAAGAGAAGUCAAUUGAAAAAGUGAUGAAAGGAAGAAUUUGACCUUGACAAAGACUUUGACAAACUUAGUAAUGAAAGGAAAAAAAACUAAUAAAGGUAGAAAGAAGAAAGAAAAACACUGUGUAUGGAGGAGGAAAAAAAGAAGAACUUUAAUAGCUCAAAGUGUGAAGGGCAGAGACAAAAUGAAAUAAAUGAUGCCACACUGAGAGUUAUCAGUGAUGCCUUCAGGGAAACUGAGAUAAAGAGAGACUGGGAAAAUGCACAGAGAGAGAGAGAGAGAGAGAGGCAGAGAGUUUAGGAUUAACUCUUUACUUGGUGACGUGUUUCAUUGUGACUUUCUCUUUAAAGAAGUCAUGAAUAAAUUACUUAUCUUUAAAGCAACUUCAUACAUAUAUUUGAUGUUGGAUUCUCCAAACAUUGUGACCAUCUCCCUCAUCUUGAUGCAUAAAAUCCUUCAUGAAAGACACAAAAAAUCUCAGCUACUCUGAUUUUUUUAUUUUAUUAUAAAGGACCGUUAACGUCAACGCUGAUUUCUGAUUGUUCACAGAGGAGAAAACUGACUGAUGGUGGUUUCAGAACGGAGACAAAGAUGUUUACAAAAAGAAAUUUAUUUAUAUAGAUAGAAUAACAAAUUUGUGCUCUUUAGGAAUGUUAAGUAGUGUGAUGUACUUUUGAAUAAAAGUGGUUUUAAAAAAGGUGCAACAUGCACGUUUCCAAGCAUCAAGACGAACCUUCAGACAUCAAAUGUUAAGAUUCAU